CAGAUCUUCACCCAACUCGUCCGUUAGCUUGAAGCUUUGCCGAGAGCAUGGAACUGAGGACAGGGACGUCUUCUUUGAGUCUCGCUUGUCGCUGUAAUAUAUCAUGCAUGCAGGAUGGCCACGAUCUUCAGUGAUUUGACCCAGCUUACACAACGUCCUGCUGUCAAUUCGUGUCACAGCGGCACGCUUUGCACCCUGAGCAUGCUGGGCCGAGCGCGCGGGACAAAUGCGGCCUUAUGGUAUCAGCUUCUCAUUCUCGCAGUAAAUACGCCUUCACCACAGCAACACACGGCAUGCGCAAACAGCGCACGCACCAAGACCGCCUUCACCUCGCCUGACGUCGUUUGCAAUCUCACUCAAUAUCCGCACCUAUAAACAUUCCACGGUCUUCGACCUCGAAGACCCCACAACUAUACCUUCAAGCCGAACCACGGAACUACACCACGCAGACAGUACGGAACAUGUCAGACUACAAGAAAAGGAAGAGCCACGAGCUCGCCGAGCUUCUCGUGCGCCGCGGUCUCGACGCCUCUGGAACGAAAACCCAGAUGAUGUCUCGCCUGGUCAUGCAGGACCAAGAGCAAAUCUCCGCGGAUAGAGCGUUGGCUGCAGCGAUCCAGGCCGCUUCGCACAACCCGCCCCCUCAGAAGCACGGCAAUGAGAACGAGCAGUCACAAGGUGAGUGGUCGAAGGUGAAGAGUACCAGUGCGGACCGCGGCGGUGCCCAGAAGGACAGCGAGAUGAUGCGAAAGGCGCGCUUGGAGAAGGGAGGGCAGAGCGUGAAGAGCAAGGGCAAGGAGGUUGGUGGUGGAGGCUACUUCGGAGUGCUUGGGGAGGGUAGCAAGGAUGUCGAGGGGACUGGCGAGGUGGACGAGGAGGCUUUCGUGAAAAGCUUGAUGGCAGGCGGCGCGAUGGGCGGAUGCAAGGCUAUUUACGACUCGCAGCACAAUAGCGGUAUCGUGGUUAAUCCGACGACGGCGGUGCCCACCAUGCGCGGCGGCGCCGGUCGCGCGCGCACGCAGCGCAAUACCUCUUCCACACGUCCCGUCGACGAUGAUGACAGUCUUAGCGAUGCCUCCACUGUCCGCCCUUUGUCAGUUGUAGCACCCGAGCGCAUCCCGCUGCCCCAGGAUAAUGAUGACCAAGAGAAGAGCGGCAAGAGCGGCAGGAAGCGCAAGGCAAAGAGCGGCAAGACCGGAGGGCUGACCAACGAGGCUGCUUUCCACGCUCUCCAUGGCCGCCCAGUGCGAAGGGCCGCGUCCAAUGGAUCCCGCGUCUCGAUGAAGGUAUUCUUUUGGGCUCUCUUCAUCGCGAUGGCCUACAUCUCCUGGCUCAAACCGGGUACCAUGACGGAGGUAUUGGGCUACCUCGUCGCCUUCGUGAAGGAUCCGUUGGGUAGCGUUUACCAAAGCAUCACGGGUCCGAAGUGA